AUGAGCGAGCAGUGCCAGGGGCGCGCCGAGGGGCGGCACGCCGAGGUGGCCGCCCGGGCCCCGCGCGGCCAGGGCCACGGCCUCGGGCUGCACCGCGUGGCCGCCGAGCGCCUCGAGGCGCGGCAGCACGCCGUCCUGCGGGAUGCCGCCGGGAGAGCCUGCGCCGCCCUGCGUUUUCCAGGGCCGCCCGUGCCCGUGCCCGCGGCCGCGGGGCGUCCUGCGGAGCCGCUGCCAGAGUUCCCUGCGGCACUUGCCCCACCGCCAGAGCACCUACCUGGGACAACGCCGCGCCUGCCCCUGGCAGAUCUGCUCCUCGGACUGGAUAGGGAAGUGGUCCGUAGUCACGGCGGCCGCGGAGUUCUCCCCGCGGCAGGGCCACAGCCUGGUCGGCUUCUCUACAGACGGGACCUCCUCGGUGGCGACCGUGCUGGUGCUCGCCGGGUACGGGGGCUACCCCUACAGGGACGCGGUGGAGACGACCAGCGUGGAGCAGCCGAUCCAGGCCCACAACGACCUGUGGUGCGGGAACUUCGAGCUGGACGGGUUUGUGAGCUGGACGCAGCUGGCGCCCAGCGCGCCCUUCGACCCCCGCACGAAGGCUGCCGCCGUGGUGGCGCCGACCCUCGGCAGCAUCACGAUGCUCGCCUUCGGCGGCUUCGACGAGACCUCGCGCUUCGUGCGGGACCUGUGGCGCUGGGACGGGGAGGACGCCACCAGGUCCUGCAGGGUGUCCUGAGAGCGGCCGGCCGCCUGCCCGGCUGCGGGCCCGUCAGGCAGCCGCCGGGAAAUCAAACGCCUGGCCCCGGGGAGGUGGUCGGGAUCCCGGGAGGCGGCGGGGCCGACCUGCCCGCCCCGCUGGCGGCGCGGGUGCGGGACAGCGGCGACGUCGGCGCGUGGGUGAGCACGGGCGAGGCCGCGGUGCUGGGCAGGGUCGGCCUCCCCGCGGAGGCCCAGCAGGACCUCCUCACGCGGGCUCUCGAGGCGCCCGUGGAGGACCCCCUCCUGCCCUCGCGGGCAGGCCUCCGGCCCCGCGCGCUGCACAGCCUGGGCACGGUGUACUUCCGCGCGAGGAAGGCCGUGUCGGCGGAGGGGCUUUUCAGGGCCGCCAAGGACGCGUGGGCCGAGCAGCAGCGGGAGCUCGGCGGGGCGACCCCGCGCAGGGACGUCCAGAGGUCCCAGGGCGGCCUGGCGUACGCGGCCUUCCUGGAGAAGUGGGAGGGCCGCGAGCGCGAGGGCCAGGCGCGCCGCCCGGCUUCGAACGGAGGGGCUGCGGCCUGCUGGCGCAGGAGGGCUUCUCGGUCCCCGAGGAGGCCGCCGCCUGGUCGUCGCUGGUCCUGCCGCCGCUGGACGUGGGCGCCGCCAUCGACGAGCUGUGGGCAGCGUGAUGCCCUGGCGGCUGAGGGAGGGGGUGCCAGAAGAAAGGGCUCCUCCGUGCCCACCCAGGUGGGGGCGCGCUCGGCUGCAACCGGCGUGGGGCCACGCCAGCAGGGCGGGCCCCUGCCAGUUGGCGCGAGCUCGAGCUGCAGAUGCCGCUGGCGCUGA